AUGCCUGGCAACAGCAACAUCACUUCGCCUUUCACUUCGCCUCCAUCCUUUGCCAGGGAUUCGUGGCCCGCGACGCUGGACUCACUGGGGGAACACCUCGACAAUCUGGAGCUCACCUUCGAGCAGCAGUCGCGGCACAUGGGCACCCUCCUCGCGCAGUACAAGGCGGCCCUGGCGCAGCACAGGCAGGCUCUGAGCCAGCAGUUCGCCCAACCGUCGCAGCUCGGCGCACGGACCCCCACGUGGACGCAGAGGCCCGGGGGCGCAGGCGCGUCCGCGGGCUCCGGCAGGACGGACGGCGGCCCCGGCCCGCUCGCCCACGCUCGUUGCGGAUCGCGUGCUUGGGCCGCUCCGCGGCUCGACGAUGGAGUUGGUGAAGAUGCCGAACGCGGACAGUGA